AUGGAUUUGCAUAGAUUACGAGUUGUGGAAUUUAAUACGUUGGUAAGUGAAAAAGAAGGCAAGAAGAAGUACGUCGCAGAACUUGAAGAGCAUAAGAAAAAAUAUAAAAGUAAUUUCGAUGAUAAGGAGUAUGAAACAAUUGAAUCUGAAAAUGAUAGUAAAUGUCUGGAUGACAAAAUCUGGCCACAGAAAGCACCACAGAAAUUUGUAGGUGACGGGGUAAACAUAAAAUAUCUGGUUGAUAAAAUAGGACCGCCUGGGACAUCAAAACAAUGUCUAGCUAAAGACCACGCUUCCAGGACACCAACGUCUAGAAUUUCAAGUUUUAUCAAACAUAAAUCGAAAAGUGAAAUCUUCAGUAUUCCUUCCAAAUGUAAACCGAAAAAACGUGAACUUAAAAAGAAUUCUAGUUUUAUAGACGUACCCAAACUAAGCCAGGACAAGGCGCAUUCGCAUAAUAAGAAACGAACACUUAAUUUGUUCCACAGAAAGUCUAAGGAAGAUCCGAAAAAAGAAGAUAAACAUGUGAAGAAAAUAAAGAAUGAACAAGUAAAUUUUUUGUUUGCGCGCGAAACACCAAGUUUUGUCCGACAUUGUAGAAAACAGACCGAGGAAGAAAGAAAGAGUUCUAGAAAGAAACAGGAUACAAAAUUACCGAACGAUGUGUUCGGUUUUCAAAAAAGUAAUCGACAUACUGAUCCGUAUCUCUAUCAUAUGUCUUGCAAUUACUUAAAUUUAGACAAAUUGCCGUUUAAAAAAAUUACAAAAGGAUUUAAUCGAAAAUGUAAACAAACAACACAGGAAACACCAUGUUAUUGUAAACAUCACGCAAUGCGGGUCCUAAAUUCCACUGGAAAGAGUGAGAUCCCCGCUAUUUAUUAUAAUCUAAAUACUCAUACACGUCCACAGCUCAGAAGACUUCAUCAUAGACACGAUUCCUUUGAUAACCAUGAUGAUAUUAUGACCAAAGACCGAUCACGUCGUAUGGGCAAAGAUAAAAUUGUAUGUGUUUCACCUUCAUCGCUCAGCCCUCUAACUAGAUGUCAAUGUGAUGCGUGUAUUGGUUCUAGUACAGGCAAUGUCCCCGAAGUUUCAGAGCACCCAAAUGGCAAUCCGGAACAGUGUACUCCGAGCUCAAGUGUCUCUAGCACGCCCCUCGCACAGAACAUACUGCAUACCACUUGUAAAAAGAAGUGUAUCAAGACGAAUAAGAAAGCUUGCACCAGCAAUAAACGUUACAGAUUAUUUUUAGGAUGUUUUCAACGCUUCAAAGUCACUUUGAAAAAGUUACCGUCAGGGAAAAAUUGUUUGAAAUAUUUGUUUUUCGGACUGCUUAUUGUGGUAUGGUCUCCAUGUCUGCUGGCAGUCAUACUGGCAUGGGUAAUAAUGUGUCCUGUGAAAGUAACAAGUUUAAAAGGUGAUGCUUCCAAGAGAUCAAUUCCAAUGAUGAAUUAUUUUGUGAACAGAUUUCGUAAAAAAGAGGUAGAAUGUGAAUUCCAACGAGCAUGUGUAGAUGAUUGUUUGCCUCAAAGUAAAAGGAGCUUUAUGAGAUCAGUGGCAAGUUGGUACUCAAGUGCGUUUGGAACUGUUAUUAGUUCCUUUAAUGCAUUGGUGUCUAUGAUUAAGCUUAAAAACAAACCAACGUGCGCUGGGUCCUCGUUUCUAGAAUUCAGACAUCCGAACCCGAAAAAGACUUUGUUCUAUCCAGACAAUAGAGGAGGGAUAAUGAAACCUACAAGAAGAAGCAAUACGCGAUUUGGAGCUAGCACUCGAGUAGUGCAAAAUAUGAGAUGUGAAUUUAUACCGUCAUUUUGGCCCAAAUCUAACACUUGCAACGAAAAGUGCCGAUCGAAGAUGAAGUCAAUGUAUAAACCGUGUCUUGUCCCAUGUUCAGUACAUGGGACUCAGUACAAUCCCAGUUAUUCAAGGUGUCAAUCGUCACCGGCAGGGGAUGCAGGCCCGACGAUCAGAAAAUCUGUACCCGGAUGUACUUGCGAUAAAUUAUAUUCACGAAACAGAAUCUGUCGAAAUAAAAUGAUGCAAAGCUCUUCAGUGUUCAUGCCAAUGGUACCACAACGUCUUCACACGCACCAGCGGCGAUACUCAUCGAGACGGGGACAAAAGAAUUCAGCGAGCAGGAACAUGCAACAUUAUACCCAGUCUGCUAAACAGCAGUUGCCAUAUCCAGACUUGAAUGUAAUAACAAUGCGCUACACUGGUCACAAAACUUCCAAAAAACGAUCAGAACCAAAUAUCCAAUACUUUUACCCAUCUGGAACUACACCACCACCAAAUUUUGGUCGCUUACCGUGUUAUGCUAUUCCAGCUAAUAAAUGUUCACCGCGGUCAUGUUUUGACGAGUGUGCUAUCAGGCCUAUGUAUAAACGUCGUCCAUUACAAAUCGUAACAAACGACGUUGGAACUGGGACUAGAUUUGGCUAUGGCCUUGGUAGUUAUGUCGGUUAUAGUAACGGCGCUGGGUACUGCCCGUGCACUUACCCUGGUCCUGGUACUGGCAUUGCUACUGGAAAUCACACUAGCCUAAGUACCGGGGCUGGCUAUGGCGCUGGCCAUAACACCGGUUAUACUAGUAAUCAGGGUCGUUGUCCUUGCCCUUGUUCCGACGCCACUGGUCCUGAUGGUGGUGCUGGCCCUCGCGGUAGUAUUGGCUCCCGCGGAGGAGCUGGCUACCACAGUUUUGCAGGCCCCCGCAGUGGGGCAGGUCCCCGGAGUAGUGUUGGUUCCAGCAAUGGGGCUAGUCCCCCCGGUAUGGCUGGCCCCCGCGGCAAGGCUGGCUUCCGCGGUAAGGCUGGCUUCCGCGGUAAGGCUGGCUUCCGCGGUAAGGCUGGUCUCCGCGGUAAGGCUGGUCCCCGCGGUGAUGCUGGCCCCAGUGAUAGUUCUGGCUCCGGCGGUGGUGCUGGUCUUGGCGAUGGUGCUGGCCCUGGUGAUGGUGAUGCUGGCUCUAGCCCUAGUGUUAGCUUUGCUCCUGGCAUUCCUGUGGUCGCCGGCCCCGGCACUCACGCGCGUCGUGGCACCCGCGCUCGCCGUGGCACACGCGCUCGGGCUGCUCGUGGUAAAAGCGCGCGUGCUAGCCAGGAAAUUCGCAAUAAAGCUGACGUUAGCCCCGACGUUAGUCCGGACGUUAGCCCUGAUGUUAGCCCCAACGUUAGCCCCAACGUUAGCCCCAACGUUAGCGCUGAUGAUGGUGUAGGUGCUGAAGUUGGCCCAAAAGUUCGUAAUUCACCGGAUAAAUCCUCUACUUCAAGGCGAAAACAGUCUCACAAUAAAAAGAAAAGAAGCAGUAAUAACAAAGUAAUUGCCAAAAAUAGGAAAGAUAAAAAAUCAACUUCUCCUCGUCCUUCUUCGCCUCCUCCUCCAUCGCCACCUCCUGAGGGUUCUAAAAACAAAGUAGAACAAAUCAAAUAUUUAGUAGCUAAAGCUAAAUACGACGCAGUUCGAUGCUAUCACUGUUUGAUUGAUUCAGUCAGAAAUUCUGAAAAACGCGCAUGGCCAUAUGAAAUUACCUGUAAUGACAUGUACAUUCAUAUCCUGAAGCGUAGACCAUGUUUCUGUAUUUACCGCCUAUGUCCAUCGUUUUACCCAACAUUCUUAAGUUUACUUAAAUUUCGACGAAACUUUUGCGAAAUACUAUUGUAUUGUUGCACUAUGUGUUUGUGGUGUCCAGUUUUUUUAGUUAUCUGUGUAUGUUACAGUUUGAUUUGCGAAACAACAUAA